ACCGGGUUCACCUCAACGUUCGCAGCAACAUCUCGUGGCAGCAAUUGCUCUCACACAGAACAAAUCUGCACUACCAUCUCGUCACGCUCCCGAUCAACUAGGGGAAGCAUCUCCCGUGGUCGCCCUUUGACUAUCACCGACAUGCAACGAUCAGGCGGGCAGUAUCUCAUCGCAGCAGUCACUGGAGCCGGGAUUGCGGUCUAUACGAUGUACCCGCUCAUCCAGCAGAUGAAUCUCGAAAGAUCACAACAAGCGGCGCCCGGGCAGCAGCAGACGAAACCACAGGACGCUCUAGAGCCCAGGGCGAAAGAGACCAAUUCUACCGAGGGUGGUCCGCAGAACAACCAGGCCGCCGACGUAGCAUAGAUAGACAGUGCUGGGUAGGUAGUAGAACACGAUCUAAUAGAGAAACUCGGCAUAUAAUCAGAACUGUAGCGCAGGCACGCACCUGCAAGAUUGUUUCUCCCAAAAAGAUCAUCUCUUUGCGGGCCUCCUCGACGAUGAGAUCUUGGAUCAGGAACCACUUUUCGUUCUCUCCGCCGCCACCGGACGCACGGAGGUGGAGUUUCCACACAGUGCUCUCCUUGUCUCUGGUCGUGCCGGCGACUGAUUCGUGCGUCACAUUGGCUAUUAGAUCGUAGACCGUUGAUUCGCCGGAGCUGGGGGUAUCCACAUCUGAUGAAAACCCG